UAAUUACAGCAAAGGAGCUCCUACCUCUCAAAGUUUGGAAUAAGCGUUGAUAAGCAAUCUGUCAAUCAGUCAGUCAGUUGGGAAAACGAGAGAAAACAAAUUUAUCAAAGAAGCGACUCGUUCCAAUGUCGAAGCCCAGUUGUUUAUUCGUUUGCUAAGCCGAAGAGUUGACUGAAAUUAACUCAUGGUACUCUGUACGCCAUAUUUGUGUAUUUCACUCUGCCGCAGAAUUGUGGCCCAUUUGCAACUUGUAGCAGAGUCAUUUCAUUUAAGCACCAAUUAACAAGAGAACAUCAGCACAUGAUUACAUUUCUGAGUCCUACCGCAACAUAACCGAGUUUCCACAGGGACCAACCGCUGCGAGCAACACAAACAUUCCAUCAGAAAGUCACAUAUAUUUCGUCAGAGAGCCCAUCAAAUGGAAUUGCAUCACUGAGCCAGCCUGCUCGAGUUCUAUAAAAGCCCAAACAGUCAGUGCAAGGGUCAACAGUAAAGUGCUGAGACCUCGACAUGCACCUACAGGAACUGUUAUUGGUCAUGGCUGUGGUGCUGCCCCAGGGCUUGAGGGCGCUUCGCUAUAGCCAGGGCACCGGAGACGAAAACUGCGAGACUCUCAAGUCCGAGAUUCAUCUGAUCAAGGAGGAGUUCGAUGAGCUGGGUCGCAUGCAGCGCACCUGCAAUGCGGACGUCAUAGUCAAUAAAUGCGAGGGCCUCUGCAACAGUCAGGUGCAACCGUCUGUGAUAACUCCGACGGGGUUUCUGAAAGAGUGCUACUGCUGUCGCGAAAGCUUCCUCAAGGAAAAGGUCAUCACCCUGACCCACUGCUACGACCCGGAUGGCACGCGCCUCACCACGCCAGAGAUGGCCACCAUGGAUAUCCGCCUGAGGGAGCCCACAGAUUGUAAAUGCUUCAAGUGCGGCGAUUUUACGCGCUAAUCCCAAUCACAGCUAAACCCAAAUAAAGUUACCCUCUCACGAGCUUUUCCACAAAUAA